CAUGAAAAUAGUGUUAGGCAAAUACGGGGGCUUGAUAAACAGAUGAACAACUGGUUUGUCUAACGCCCCCCUGCAGCCCCAAAAACAAAAUACUUUAUCCCCCUUGCCACCAAACUGGGCAAGCCUUAACGGUUUGACUUAUGUUUCAUAUAUUUCAAUUGUAAAAUAACCCAAUUUAUAGGCAAAUAGAAAACCGAAGUCGCGUCAGUUCAACAACAUGAGCCGCCAGCUGAAGUUCCACCUCCAAGCACCCGACGACGAGCAGUUCCCACCGGACCUGGUGGAGAUUAACCUCAACCCCAACUGCGGCCAGGUCAAGCAGAAGUCCGCCCAGGCCCUGGACCAGCUGCUUCUGGCCACGCCACCACACAGAGGCUAUCCCUACGGCUAUGCCGAGGACUCCGAGCCGGAGACCUACUUCUGCCGCAAGAGCAACUCCACGGGCCAGCUGGCCGAGAAGGUAUCGCCUCCGCCGCCCACGGCCACCAACAUCAGCUGCCUCCGCCAGAUGUACUGUCCGGAGUGCCACGAGCGGUUGCACGAGCAGGGAGUUCGGCUGGAGCGACUCCUUACCAUGUGCUGCUUUGCCCUGCUGCCCAUCUAUCCCUGCUGCCCUAGGCGCUCCACCAAUGACUGCAAGGUCAUCUGUGGCAAGUGUGGAUACCUCUUGGGGGCAUGGAAGCGACAGUGAGGUGGGCGGGGAGAGGGGAAGAGGCAAUAGGAGUGGGUGCUCCGCUUGUAAUUGUUUGUUUUGUUUAGUUUUUAAGCACUUUUUUGUUGACCUUGCGGCGAGUGAUGAGCGCCGAGAUUGAGUGCCAAAAAAUUUGUUGAUUUCUGCACGA